GUUUACCAGCUCUCCGCUCAAAACAACAGCACGACGGCGGUGUGUGUGGAGAGCAGUGUGGCUCGUUUUACCACAGGCUCUUCCAAUUAAACCCAUCGUUUUCUUUUCUAUUCGUCAUAUAAGUAAUAAUUAAAAAAAGACUACUUCUUGUUGUUAACAGCAUCGACGAAUGAAGAUGUUUCAACUGCUGUACUUUGGGUUUGUGCUGAGCUCUGGUUUGGUGGACUGUUGGUCUGUUGUUGAAGAGUGUAUUACGUCUAAUGGAGAAGACUAUAGGGGAAUUCAACAGAAGACAUCCACAGGGAAUAUCUGCCUCAAUUGGAAGAGUCUAAACUCGCAGACAGAUGUUGGAGAUCACAAUUUCUGUCGCAACCCAGAUGGUUCAGAGAAGCCCUGGUGCUAUGUGUCCGCAUCCGAUGGAGCGUCCAGAAAAGAAGCGUGUGAUAUUAGGACAUGCCAAGACCAAAACUCCACAGAAGCCACGGCUCCAGAAGAGUCGGCCCCCACUCAGGGACUCACCCCAAGGAUGGUGGAGACCUUCGAAAACGCAGACUCCUUCCCCUCGCAGGUGGAGGGUGCGGCGGUGCAGCCCGUGAAGGGAGUCCGACAGCAGGUCAGGAGUGGACCCAAGAGGAAGAAAGACCUCGGGACUCUCGGUUAUGUUCUGGCCGUCUUCAUGAUGGCCAUUAUCAUCCUACUUGGGGGCGGCAUCACGAUGGGAUACUUCUACAAACGGGGUCGUGACCUCAAGAAACAGCACGAGCAGCGGGUUUACGAGCGUGAGAUGCAUCGCAUCACUCUUCCUCUCUCAGCCUUUGCCAACCCCACCUGCGAGCUGGUGGACGAGAACACCAUCGUCAUCAUGGCUGAACCAAACAACCAGACCCCCACCCAGGAGCCCGUCGAGGGGGCUGACCCCCUCAUGGGAACAGCAGGGACCCCCGGAGCCUGAUGGAGGAGCAGGAUGAGCUUCUGGAAAAGCGUCUUGUUAAGACAUGUCUAUGCAGCAUUGCAGAAUCUCAGAGGACCAAACCCCACAUCCACCUUCCCUCUGCCUGUCGUCUCUUUUCUCUUUACCUUGCCUUUACAGCACGGCCUCACAGUAAAGGUAGGGCAUAUGCCUCGAGAGAGCGGUGGAAAGCUUUUUUUUUUCUUUGUCCCAGACAGCGUCCUUAUUUUCUCAACAAAGUUGUUGGGGAAAGUGGGACAUGUGGGGGGAUACACUGGAAAAGGUGAAAUGGUGGUUUUGUAUAAAUAUGCAUGUCAGGGAUUCGUGUGGAGAGAAGUGGCAAGUAUGUUUUGUGAACAUCAUCACAAGGGCAUGAACUUUCCCCGCUUGUUAAACUCCCAACGAGACGGCAAACGGUCCAGUAAACUGCUUCGUGUCCUCUUAUGAAUCGUCGAUGGAUCAGAUCAUCUGAAGUUCUGGGGUCCCGAAAGAGAAGACAAUCCAUUCUUAUCUUCUUUCCUGCCUUUUCUGUUGUUUUUGUUCCUAAUGCAGUUGUGGUGGAGAGUUGAGACUGAAAUUGUACAUGUGUAUCUGAAUACGUUGCUCUACAGCUGGGCUGUUUAUUCUGUGAGGAGCUUUGGUUAGCAACUAGAGCUAAUUGAAUUAAUUGCCUUUGAUGGCUCUUUCCCAGAAAUCCAUAUUCAUUAGGCAGAUUCUGUGGCCUGGGAUGCUAGAGCUAAGCUAGGUGAAGGUUUUCAAUAAAUGAAGACGAAAGCUUUCCAGAGUAAAAUGCUUUUGAAUGUAUUGUUUCUUCUAUGGCCACAAUCUGAUAAAGAGCGAGGACAUGGAGAGUGACAGAGAGUGUCUGAUUAGCGGUCUCUGGUUACGUUUUCUGUAUGUGUUCAUUUGCUCCUGGCCAUAUAGAUGGUCUGAAACAGGACGAUGUAGUUUGAAGCAUGAACACGAAACGGAGAUCGUUCGAGAUGAUGUAUUAAAAAUCAUGUACUAUGGUUUCAUUUUACAGAGAUGGGAUAUUGAUGUAUGCAUUUGUUUUCCCACGGUUGAUUGUACAGCUGAUUAAGGUUCUGGCGGAUCUUGUAUUUUUAUUUUUAGCGGUUUUUACUGCUGUGAAAUAAAAUGAGUUUGAAGGAA